ACACACACACACACACACACACACACACACACACACACACACACACACACACACACUUUCACUCUUUCUCAUUUACCCCCAUUUAUUAAACCCACGCUCGACGAGUGACUAAGCGAAGUGUGUCUUUUGAAAUGAUUGCCAAGCUUGACAGUGUGCUUCUACCCAGAAAAAAGUUCAUCUAUCAUUUCAAGAACGUGCGCUGGGCGAGGGGUCGACAUGAGACCUACCUCUGCUUUGUGGUGAAGAGGCGAGUGGGCCCAGACUCUCUGUCCUUUGACUUCGGGCAUCUCCGAAAUCGCAAUGGGUGCCAUGUGGAGCUGCUGUUUCUGCGCCACCUGGAGGCUUUGUGCCCUGGUCUGUUGGGGGAUGGAGGACCUGGAGAACGAAGGCUGAGCUACUCCAUCACCUGGUUCUGCUCCUGGUCUCCUUGUGCCAACUGCUCUUUCAGACUGGUCCAGUUCCUCAACCGGACGCCCAACGUUCGACUCCGACUCUUUGUCUCCCGCCUGUACUUCUGCGACUUGGAGGACAGCCGUGAGAGAGAAGGUCUCCGAAUGCUGAAAAAAGCCGGCGUGCAUAUCACGGUCAUGAGUUACAAAGAUUUUUUCUAUUGCUGGCAAACCUUUGUGGCAAGUAAUCAAAGCAGGUUUAAGCCAUGGGACGAGCUGCAGCGGAACACUGUCCGCCUCACCAGGAAACUCAAUCGCAUCCUCCAGCCCUGCGACACAGAAGAUUUAAGAGAUGCCUUCAAGCUUCUUGGACUGUGAGACACACUUGUAAUUUAAUUAGGUGUUACCAGAUGAGAUUAAAAAUCUGAAAAGAAAAAAAAAGGAGAGAUACUGUUUGUUGGUCUGUCACUACAAUUAUGAAACUGAGAAUGACCAAAACUGAGAAAAACAUUUUUUCAUAUUAUGGCAAGGCUUUUAACUUCAUGCAGCUUCUGCUUGCU